GCCUGCCCCACAUUCCUGGUUUAAAGGGCACACAACACAGAGACCUUCGCAAUCAUGCCUGGCCGUAGGCCUUACCGGCAAAUCAUCGACGGCGUGCCUAUGUGCCCUUGGAUCGUCCCGGAAAUAUUUCGAAAAAGCCUCGGAUUUCGUGCCGCCAAAGACGACGUUGUGCAAGUUACGUACCCCAAAAGUGGAACCCAUUGGGUUCAGUACAUCACUCAGCUGAUCCUCGACAAAUCCGGCCCGGUCAAAGGAUACGGUGAAUUCACCCGGAACUGCCGCGGAAUCGAGUACACCGACUGCUCCGACUGGAAAUCCACUCUGCCAAUAAGGCUUUUCUUCACUCACCAGCCUCUUCGAUGCGAGGCCAUGAACGAAGCGGCCAAAUACGUAUACGUCGCUCGAAACCCGUGGGACGUUUGCGUCUCGCUCUAUCGCAUGAUAACGGACGUCAGCCUGUACCAGUUUGAGGACGGCACUUUCGCAGAGUUCUUCGAACCUUUCAUCGAAGGCGACUUGGGCUACGGGAGCUACUUUGACCACGUGGCAGCGGGUUACGCCUUGAAGGACGAACCCAACGUGUUCUUCGUCACCUAUGAAGAACUCAAGGCGGACACCGGCAGCGUGGUGCUAAAGUUGGCUCACUUUCUGGGCGACAGUUACGGCAGAGCCUUGGAAGAGGAUGAAGAGAGGCUGCCGAACAUUCUAGAAUGGUCCAGGCCCCAACAUAUGAGGAAGACGAUGGUGGUCGACUUCAAGGCUAACGAGACAUCCCAGUGGGACGAACUAUUUGCCGAAAAGAAGGCGAGGAGCAAGCAAGGGUACGCAGGAGACAAGCACAGGUAUGCCGUCGUGAAGGAAGCCAGGGUUGGAAGCUGGAAGGAGUACUUCACUCCUGAAUUGCUAGCCCGUUUCGAGAAGAAAAUACAGGAAGAAGGGGGUAAAGCUUCUUUCAUGGAACUGUGGAAAGACAUUCGCGAAGAAGCGAUCGCAUUGUCUUGCAGUAAUGGAUAGUAUAUAUCGACAGUGUGUUUGGGCCUGCCGAAAUUUGGGAGAAUCUAUCAGCGUCAGUAAACUGCACCAAAGAUACACUAGCCGGCUCUUUGCUUACGGCGAGUGUAUUCUGAGAACGCCGUCAUAAUCAAAUGUGGUGUCCCUGUAACCGGACAGUACGGCUUAGUAGUGGUAAAAGGCAAUAAGAAUAUGACACUACUUAUUACUUUCCAGCUUGUCCACCUAAUUAAAUGUUAAAACUAACACUAUGCUAAGCAAAUUGUGAUGAGUGCGUGUGAAAGGCCUCUAAGCAAUUCUAUUUCGGACUCGUUAUUCAGAGGUGGACAUUUCACUUGGAUGCACUCAUACUCCUCACUGUUCACCGUCGUCCCUUCUCCAGAUUCUACAUCGUUAUAAGUGGCCCAUUCCCCACUAUGUCACAUCGGUGAACUUACCUUCACCGAUCUUUCCCAGUGUAACCUCUCCGCCCCCACCUCAUGGUCAAAAAACCUACUAUACCUCACCACUCAACAGUGCAUCGAACAUUUCUGAAUCGACCAGACCCGAACGUUUUUAUCCGGGUACAGGCAGAAUCCGAACCUCUGAAAUCAUAAAAAUAAUAAAACAACACUUGUAACAAGCAAGAACGUCUUGGAACCACAUGCAACAGAUUCAGACCGUUGACUAGUCCUACGUUAAGCACGCAGGGAAGCCUGCACGUAGACUGCUGCGGACAUUAGGUACGUCAGUGGGAAAACAUCUGGUUACAUUUAAUUCCUUGAGCAUCUUUUAAACAACACAUAAAAUUAUGAUUGCGACCGUGGCAGUAUUUGGUUAGUAAAAUUUUAUUGAAGAGGCGCGCUUACCAUUAAUGUCCCGCUUUCUUUCCUGCAUUUUGGUUUUGCCUCUCCAGCAUUCGGAAAAAAACAAGGAAAUUGCUGCCGCUACUGAUGUAGUUGUCUUAAGAAUCGCUGCAGUUUUGUUUCAUUUUCUAAACAUUUAUGUCGCAAUUUAAAACAGUUUUUUGUUCGCGUGUUUUAGGGGACACAAGGGCUGGUAGGGUUAAACAUGAACGUCAAGAUCAACUGAACGCAUAAUGCUAGUGGGAGGUUGAACGUUAUUGUUCUGUUUACUGUCGCGUUCCCUGCAUUCUUUUGCUUUUACAACGACAAUUGUGGAGCAGACAAGCACGUCAUUUACGUGGCCGUGCCCAUAAUAAAAAUUUAAAUCUGGGGUUUUACGUGCCAAAACCACGAUUUCGUUAUGAGGCGUACGCAGUAAUGAGGGACUCCGGAUUCAUUAUGACCACCGGGGAUUCCUUAACGCGCACCCGAUGUAAGGUACACGGGCGUUUUCGCAUUCCACUCUCAUCGAAAUAUGCUGCUGCCGGAAUUCGAUCGCGCGCCCUCGGGCUUACUAGCGCAGCGUAGGCUUACACGUCGCGUAGUUGCGACAGUAGUUGCAAGUGCAUAUAAACAACCCGUCUCGGAACUUUUCCUUAAAUUCAUUACAUUAUAUUUCUUCCGCUUUGUGAAUGGCGCACUGGUAACGAGAUCUUACGAUGAGCCUCUAAAAGAAACACCAUGACACCUUUGAGAAUGUUAGCAUAAACUCCGUAAGUAGGUUUGGAGCGCAAGUUGCAACUUCCAGCCGGUAAAUUGCCUAGUGAACAUUUUGGCUUUUGUCAGCGCAGUCGCGUAGUAUACGCUAAGAGCACUCUUUUAAACAGACCAUCGAGUUAAGAAGGCAUCACGCAAUGCAUUCCCUCCUUGAGCACUCCGUGAAAUUAUGUGAACAAAGCCUUUCGAACACAUCCCACCGAUUCGGACAUCAUAUUCAGUUUUUAUAAAUAAUCUUUCAUAUGUAACAUAAAUAAUUUUAUGUUACAUACGAUAGUCCGGUUCCGUGUUUUUACACCAGAAAGCAAAAAUACUGCAAGGAAACACGCGGUGACGCAUGAACACCGGCCCAAAAGCGCAGAAAGUACAACUGAAACCAAGUUUACUAACUCCGACAACACAGCCGCUUUUGGAUGCGGCUAGGGUGCCUCGAUGCCAGCGCCGCCGUUCAGGGUGGAGACAACGCCGCUGGCGCCGCCAUAU